AACUCAUAUGUUUUAUAUGUCCAAUUAUUAAUAACCACAUAUUUUUUCAAUGCUGAUAAGAUAUUUUAACAGGCAAUGACACUAUUUGUCAUGCCAUUGAUAAUAAACAAUACAAAAAAUUUCGUAUAAAUAAGCGGGAAAUCGAAGGAAAAUCAUAGUCGGUAUUAGAAUAAAGCUUCGGAAGUAUCGAAAUAAUUCAAAUAAUAUGUCCGUUAAAUUUUUAAUUGUCUGUGUUCUCGUUUCUUUUGCUGCUGCGCAAGACGAUCUUUAUGAGCAGCAUGCUGAGUAUCCGAGUGGUAUAAAUGAUUUUAAUUAUCGAGACACUUAUAACUAUCGUUGGAUGACGAUAAAAUAUGUGGGGAUGCGAUUCCCUGAUUCGGUGAUCGUUAGCGAGGAGAAUGGAUCCAAUUACUAUGGGUGCGUUGGUGUGCCGGUCAGCAAGAAGCAUGUGCUGAUUGCUAGGUCUUGUAGGAUUGGUUUGAAUAAGAGGUUGGUGGCGGUCGCUGCUGGGGCUGUCGAUUGGGACCAAGAAAAUUCGUACCGUAGAGUUGAAAAAGUUGAUAAUGUUGGGGAUAAUUUGGCUGUUGUUACUUUACAAAAUGAAAUAACUGAAAAUAUUCAAAUCUUUACUUUACCUUCGUCAAAUAUUCAAACCAAUGACGUUUAUGAAUCAUUCGGAUGGAGCUCAAUGUGUCCCGGUGUCAUGGGAAAAAACCGCAAAGGAACUUUCGACAGAUUAAUAUCGAUUAUUGACCAAGAAAAGUGUAGAACUAUUGAUCAAACUCUCGCAUGUGGACAAGAUAGUUCACGAAAAGUCGGUAAAUCAUCACCAAUUGUCAAUGGUCGUAUUAUCGUUGGAUUCACUAAGUUUGAAUGCUCAGCAAGGGGUGGCGUCAUCAAAGUAUUUCCAUUUGUUAAUCAAAUUAAUAAUAUUAUUGAAAAUAAUUAAUAAUUAAUAAAUGAAAAAUAUGUUAACAAAAAUGUAUCUAAAUAACAG